CUGGCAGCGCAGGUCGCUGCUUUUCACCCGCCCGCCAACAAACGAAGGAUGCCGAGGUCAACCCCGGCUCCCGACACGUUUCCUCCGGCAGGUCGGGGGGAGGGCCCUGGGCGAGGGAACCGCGCUGGGGCGGGACGGCACGGGCAGCCGAGGCCAGCCUGAGCUGGGGCCGAGCUCCGCUACAGCUGUCGGGGCUGUCCGAUGAGGCGGGCAGGGCCCUGGUGCCUACUCCUGGCCGCGGCCUGCGCCCUGGCCCGGCCCUCGCCGCCACCGCGGGCCGCCGUGCGCUGCCAGGCCGCCGGUGCCUGCUUCAGCGCCCACCUCGCCAACGCCUCGUACGCCGAAGCCCGCGCUGCCUGCGGCGGGCGGCGGGGCAGCCUGGCCUGGCUCAGCGGCGAGCAGGAGCUACGCCUGCUGCUGGGGUUGCUGGCAGAUGCGGCGGCGGGGUCCGCGCCCUCGCUCUUCUGGGUCGGGCUGAAGAGGAACGCCUCCGCCUGCACCGACGCAGGGCAGCCGCUCCGCGGCUUCUCCUGGGAGGGCACCGGCGGCGGGGCGGCCCCGCAGGAGGUGCCGGCGGCGCUCGGACGGUGGGUGAAGGAGCCCGUGCGGUCCUGUCUCGCAGCUCGCUGCGCUGGGCUGCACCUAGAGGCGGCGGCGUCCCCCGACGGCGGCCCCAGCUGGGGAUGGAAGGAACGGCUCUGCCCGCGGGAGAGCCAGGGCUACGUCUGCAAGUACCAGUACGAGGGAGCCUGCCCCGAUCUCAGCCCAACGGGCGCACUCGGCCUUGACUACAGCCUCCCCUUCGAGGAGCGCAGCGUCGGCCCCGGCUUCAGCCCGCCGGGCACCGUGCUCACCGUGGUGUGCUCCGGCGGGGAGGUGCGGCUCACCUGCAGGCCCGAGCGGGGCGGCUUCGCCUGGCAGGGGGCAGAAGGGCCCCUCUGCCCCUGCCCUUUCCAUCACCGGCGCCCCGCCAUCGGGCGAUGCUCCCAGACCGCCGGGUGCCGCGAUGCCGCCGGCCGAUUCGCCUGUGCCUGCACCACAGGCGAGCGGGAUGGGACUCCUUGCGUGGCCAUGGGGGCGGCUCCCACCACUGCGGGCGGCCCUGCGGAGCCGUCGAGUGCUGGGGCGGACGAGCGCCGCCCUCAUGCCCCGACACCCGGCGGCCCUGCGGGACCGCCCGCGGCCCCCACCGCAGCCUCAGGCGGAGAGAAGACAGCUGCUGCCCUGCCCUCCUCCUCCUCCAACUACGUUUUCAUCCUGGUGACGGUCGCGGUGGUGGUGCUCGUCAUCCUGGUCAUGACCGUCCUGGGAGUCUUCAAGCUCUGCUUCAAUAAGAAAUCCGAGGGCCGCGAGGACAGACAGCCGCCGGAGGCUGGCAGCAAGGCAGCGGCCGGCUCCGGGGAGCCAAGCGAAGCAGCGGGCGGCGAGUAGCCUCGGGGCGGCCGGAGCCCUGUCCCUCGGGGCUGCCCCGAGCGGCAACUCCCACCCGGGCCGGCGCUCGGCUCCCCCGGCCCCUCUGCUCCAGUCCGGCUGCCCGGGGAGACGAGGAAUAGGCGCCUUGGGACUUGGCUGAGAAGGACUUGUCAAUGUGGAACAGGCGGCUGCCCCCUUGUCAGGGCUUUGAAGCCUUUAGACAGCCAAGAUUUUUCGCUGGUCCGAAAAACAGUUAUUCAGGUGCUGACAUAAACAUAAAUGCAGCAGCCUGGCCAACACAGCGGUUACUUAUCUGUAGCUGCAACCGUUGUGGGGUUUUAUCCUCUCAGAAACUGUUCGUGUGCCUUGGAGCAAGUGUGAGGGAGCACAGUGAGCACUCACGUCUUGUAAUUCAGAAAUCACUCAUUCUCUGAGUGGUACUUGGAAGCUCUCCUGUUCUUGCUAAUUGCUGAAACGUUUGGAGAGGUGAAUUGCCACACUUCUGGAGAAAACUGUGACCUAUACUCUUCCAGGCUGACAUCCUUAAAAAUGAAAAGCAUUUCUAUACUUAGAAGGUCAUUAAAUUGCUGAGGCAAUGGGAGGUUAAUAGAAAGUCAAUUUUAUACUUCAGCUGAUGAAAAGAAUAAAGGAUGAUGUAAAACCUAAA